AUGAACAAUCCUGCUUCUGUCGAUAUAAGUGAUCCUACGAAUAAUAACUCUUUGAAAAAUCACAAUAUCGAUGAUCAUAAUAUUGAUGAUGUAUUAAUUUCUAAUGACUCUACUUCAACAUCUUCUGUACUGGUAUUAUCCGUUACUGAUUUUGAUACUAGCUUGACAAAUAGCACAACUACCAAUGUCAUUGGCCAAACUAACAGUGAAACUUCCAGCUAA